AUGCCACUGGUCGACAUUGCAGAUGGCCGAUAGGGGGCGCCAUGUUAAAAAUCCUUUUGACAAGGAUUGGGAGGCUGCUGGGAAAAGAUGGCAGCUUCCUUUUGUUUGUACGGAUUUGCAGUACUCCGAAAAGGUCUUUAAGGACUUUCUUCCGUAGAUACACGGGCUUCUUUCGCUCACUCGGGGUUCACACAACCAGUUGUCUAGACACUUCAACCAGGAGAACAUGGAGAAGAGCGGGAGCAUCGACAGUUUGGGCUCGAAGCGCUCCUCUUCCCGACAGCCAAGUGUUGAUUCAUUGUCCAGUACGUCCACCUCUCGCUCUGACCGGUCUGCCCAGGCCAAGCCGCCCUCUGCAAUGUCCUCUGACUCAGUGUCCACCUCUGCAGAGUUUUCCCCAGAGCUCAGGGUCAAACCCAAAGCUUCUGCCAAGAUGGUGCUUAGAGAUUCAGACAAAGAAGAACCACAGUUAAUUCCAAAUGAAACUGUGCAAGACAUGGCCCAAGAUGUCACCUACUUCUGUCCUUUCACUGGGGCACUGAGGGGAACAGUGAUGAUUACAAACUACAGACUAUUCUUCAAAAGCAUGGACAGGGAGCCAGCAUUUGUGCUGGACCUUCCCCUUGGGGUGGUGAGUCGUGUGGAAAAGAUUGGAAGUGCAUCAAGCCGUGGUGAUGUAUCCUAUGGGCUGGUUUGCAAGGAUAUGCGUAAUCUACGAUUUUCACACAAACAGAUGGAGGACACACUCAGGAAGUCCAUUUUCGAAGUGCUGAUAAAAUUUGCGUUUCCUGUUUCCAACGGGCUGCAAAUCUUUGCCUUUGAAUAUGGGCAAGUCUUUCCUGAAAAUGGAUGGAAGGUGUAUGACGCUGUCUCAGAGUACAAAAGACAGGGUAUACCCAAUGAAAGCUGGAGGAUAACAAAAAUAAAUGAUCACUAUGAGAUGUGUGACACCUACCCAUCAACUCUGGCAGUGCCUGUCAACAUACCAGACGAAGAGCUGAAGAGGGUAGCGGCCUUCCGAGCAAAGGGCAGGAUACCUGUUUUGUCAUGGAUCCAUCCAGAGAGCCAGGCGACAGUGACGCGCUGCAGUCAGCCCAUGGUGGGGGUAAACGGGAAGCGCAGCAAAGAGGAUGAGAAAUACCUCCAAUCCAUCAUGGACGUUAAUGCUCAGUCCCACAAACUCUUCAUUUUUGAUGCCAGGCCCAGCGUCAACGCUGCAGCGAACAAGAUGAAAGGGGGUGGAUAUGAAAGUGAGGAUGCUUAUCAAAAUGCAGAGCUGGUGUUCUUGGAUAUUCACAAUAUCCACGUGAUGCGGGAGUCACUCCGCAAGCUUAAGGAUGUGGUCUACCCCAACAUCGAGGACUCCCACUGGCUUUCCAAUCUGGAGUCCACUCACUGGCUUGAGCAUAUCAAGCUCAUCCUGGCGGGAGCGCUGCGGAUUGCUGACAAGGUGGAGUCUGGGAAAACAUCAGUGGUGGUUCACUGUAGUGACGGUUGGGACCGCACGGCCCAGCUCACCUCCUUGGCCAUGCUCAUGCUGGACGGUUACUACCGCACCAUUCGCGGCUUCGAGGUGCUGCUCGAGAAAGAGUGGCUGAGCUUCGGCCACCGCUUCCAGCUGCGAAUCGGUCAUGGUGAUAAAAACCACACCGACGCAGACCGUUCACCUGUUUUUAUUCAGUUCAUUGACUGUGUCUGGCAGCUGACUCGUCAGUUUCCUGCAGCCUUUGAGUUUAAUGAAUACUUCCUGGUAACCAUCCUGGACCACCUGUACAGCUGCCUGUUUGGGACAUUCUUGUGUAACAGCGAACAGCAGAGGUUGAAAGAAGAGAUUCCCAAGAGGACAGUAUCGUUGUGGUCUUAUAUUAACAGCCAGCUGGAGGAGUUUACCAAUCCUCUGUAUGUGAACUACUCCAACCAUGUGCUGUUCCCUGUAGUCAGCCUACGCCACCUGGAGCUUUGGGUUGGCUACUACAUCCGCUGGAACCCUCGCAUGAGACCUCAGGAACCUGUUCAUCAGCGGUACAAGGAGCUGUUGGCGAAGCGAGCGGAGCUGCAGAAGAGAGUGGAUGAGCUACAGCGAGAGGUGACCAAUCGCUCAGCUUCCUCUUCCUCUGAGCGGGCAGGCUCCCCCACACGGUCCAUUACCCCAGUGCAGACUUUUGUUUGACACAACUUGACCCUCAUUACAGUUUGAGAAGCUGAAUCCUACCUGUGAGAGGGUGCUGUACAGUUGUAAUGAGUAGGUCACACCUGGCUCCUUGAAGGACCUGUGCACCAAACUGCCUCUUUGGGUGACACACCUCAUUAAUACACAACCACCAAAAGUCUGAUUAAGCAGAUUACUGUAUUUGCAUCUCUCACAGGUCAUGUAGAAUCUGCUUGCAACAGAAGAGUGUCUGUCUCAGACGACUAGACUACAGCCAUAUUGUACUCCUCCUCUAGAGUCGAGAGGACACGUAACCAGAAUAUUGGGGACUGUUUAGCACAUCAACCUACCUACAAUCAGUGUUGAUAGUAUCUGAAGUACACUAAAAUAUUAUACUCUGGUGAAAUAUGUAUGCCUUAUACACAUCAUAUGAACACUCACUUCAUUCCUCCACACUGCACGAAGAUGUACAAUGCUGCACAUUUUAUUUUGAGUUCAAAACUCUAAUCCAAACACCAACUAAAAGUCAGUAAGUACUGAUUUAAAAAUGUAGCUGAAGGGCUGUUAUAUUAGCUUCUUCUAAUAUUAAAAAAUAAUCAUAGACUGCAUUAAAAAAAGUUGGCAGGUUGUCUUCACAAGUCAGUACUUUUAGACUGUUGUGACCAAAUAUCUACUUUUUUUUAUAUAAAUAGAAAACGUGUCAUAUAUUACAUUCCUGUCAUUGUGCGAUUUAAGUUUUGUAAGUUUCAUUUUUCUAACUAGUCAAAGUUAUUUAUUAUCUUUUAGUCCACACUUGUAUUUAUGGCUCACAAACACACUCUGUCUCAUGUCAUACAUUUAUUAGAAAUGUUCCCGUGUCAUGUUAAUAAGCUGCACAGAAUAUGCAAUAGUUCAGUAGUCCCAGAUAAAGGUCAUCUACUCAGAAUGUUUAUGUGUGAACAUUUCUUGCAAAUGCUUUUUAAAGCUAGUAUUAGACACGUUUUUUGGGAUUUUUUUAAAAUUAACAGCAGAAAGUGUAACAACUAAUAGUUUCCUUUGGGUGAUUUUUUUAGUUUAAGAAAUAUGAAAGAAUAUCUGUGCCUUGCAAUGAAUGAUUGGGAGAAUAAGAAGAAAAUUGUGUGCAAGGUUUAUAAAUGCCAAGGUUAAAUGCUAAAUACAGUGUUAGUAGCCUUUCCACUGUAUAUGUGAAUACAUGCAAUAAACACAGGACUCGA